AAGUUAAACCUGCUGGUAAGAAAAAAAAACUAUUGAUAACGGUAAGUAAAAAUCGUUACAGGGUUAUUCAAGACUCAUUAUUACGUCACUACUAGUUGAAGUUGAUAAAGUUGUUUGUAGUUAUGUAAAGGUGUCCAAGUUCCCAAAGCUUCACAAAUGGCAACAUAACCUGACAAGUAAUUAACAAGUCUAAGCCACGUAAUGCACCUUGCAUGCCUACCACGUCCCCUUUUCCUUCCUCUAUAUCAUUUCCAAUUCACUCUCAUCUCUUCCAACACAACAGUAAUGGCUUCGGCGGACAAGUCACCGGACCCCACACCACUGGGGCAAUCCAUGAGUGUGGGGCAGCACAUGCUAGACAAGGGCGCCAUGAUGCUUCAGUCCCUCAAACCCGUGAAACAGUUCAGCCAGCAUGUUUGCUCCUUCGCCAUCUACAGCCACGACAUGUCUCGCCAGAUCGAGACUCACCACUACUGCUCCCGCCUCAACCAGGACUUCCUCCAGUGCGCUGUCUACGACUCCGACGACGCCAAUGCCCGCCUCCUUGGUGUGGAGUACAUCGUUUCUGAUAGGAUCUUUGAAGAUCUGCCUGACGAGGAGAAGAAGCUUUGGCACUCUCAUGCUUAUGAGGUCAAGAUGGGUCUAUUAAUAAGCCCAAGAGUUCCAGAGAUGAUUGCCAUGCCUGAGCUUGAAAACCUUGCUAAAUCCUAUGGAAAAUUCUGGUGUACUUGGCAGGCCGACAGAGGAGAUAGGGUUCCACUGGGUGCACCAGCACUAAUGAUGUCACUACAAGGGGUGAAGCCUGGGCUGGUGAGGCCAGAUCUGGUGCAUCAGAGGGAUGCAAAGUAUCAUAUUGCCUCAGACAGCUAUAAGACCUCAAGGCUUGAGAUUCCUGAGCCUGAGAUGAUUAGCCCUUUCGCUGAUUAUUGGAAGCAGCAUGGCAAAGGGUUUGCCAUUGACAUUGUGGAUAGUGAGAUGAUACUCAGGGCACCUUUUCCUUGAACAAUGUUUCUAUAUAUGUAUGAGAUCUUGAUGAGGGAACAAAUCUAAAGUGAUGAAAUGUAAUAGUGGAUUGUCUCAAGUGUUUAGCUGUUAUCUGAGAGCUUGUCAAUUAAUAAUUGCGUGUGAGUGAGUGAGUUGGGUUCUGUUCAUGUAAAAUGAAUUUGUUGUAUUGAUUCCUCAUAUGACACCUGAAUCCUCAUAGUUUAUCCGUCAAUCAGCACUAUAUACAAAAUAUAUAUCUGAAUGAUUUUAAUUCUAGUAUACUUUGUGGACUAUUUAAUAUGAACAACUCAGAAGUUAGGAAGUGGUUAGAGUGAAGAGAGAAAUGAACCAAACAGAGAACUUGCUAUUGCUUAUUCAAUAGAAUAGAAUGAGAGAUCACAUAUUGCUUUAGUUAGUUACAAUUAAUAGUAUAAAUAGCUAG